AUGGCAUUUAAAGUUCUUUCUUUCUUUUUUACCUUCACCUUGAUCUGCGACUUUGCCCUUGCUUCUAACGAAUCUCAGUGUAAAGAUGGGAUUAUCCUUCCCAAAUGGACCCCCACUACCAAUCUCAGUAAAGGGGACGUCAUUGCCAGAGGCAUCAUAUAUUUUAUCGCUCUGGUUUACAUCUUUGUGGGCGUAUCUAUUAUUGCCGAUCGGUUUAUGGCUGCCAUUGAAGUCAUAACUUCUAAGGAAAAAGAAGUAGUCAUCAAGAAGCCUAAUGGAGAAACGCAAACGAUCAGCGUUCGAAUCUGGAACGAGACAGUAUCCAAUCUGACCUUAAUGGCUUUAGGUUCAUCAGCACCGGAAAUUUUACUUUCUGUUAUUGAAGUCAUAGGACAAGGGUUCGAAGCAGGAGACUUAGGUCCUGGAACCAUCGUUGGUAGUGCAGCAUUCAACAUGUUUGUCAUCAUCGCCAUUUGCGUUUGGUGUAUCCCAUGCAAUGAAAGCCGAAAAAUUAAGCACCUUCGGGUUUUCUUCGUAACUAUGACUUGGAGUGUUUUUGCUUACAUCUGGCUUUACCUCAUCCUCACAUGGUCUUCCUAUGGUGUUAUUGAAGUUUGGGAAGGAAUUGUUACCUUCCUGUUUUUCCCUACAACUGUCCUAACCGCUUACAUAGCGGACCGCAGACUCCUUAUCUACAAGUACCUCUCUAAAAAGUAUCGCAUGAAUAAAAGAGGGGUUAUUGUAGGUGGCGAAGGUGGUGAAAGUGCUGGAGCCGUCGAAAUGGGACCUGCAGGAAACAAAGCCACCUUGAAUAACGGAUUGAAGGUCUUUGAUGAAGAGGAGAAUGAAGAUGUGAAAGAAUUCGAAGAUCAUCGCCGGGAGUACAUCCAGCUGUUACGAGAAUUGCGAAGAAAAAACCCUGAAAAAUCUAUGGAAGAAUUGGAACUGAUGGCUAGAGAAGAGAUUCUGGAGAAAGGACCUAAAAGCAGGGCCUUUUACAGGCUUCAAGCGACAAAGAAGCUAACUGGAGGAGGUAAUCUGAUCAAGAAAAAGCUGGAAAAGCCCGAACACGACAAGGAAGAAUCUAAGGAGACCAUCAAGGAUGACGUUUGCCGAAUUUACUUUAACCCCGCCCACUACACUGUUAUGGAGAGCGUGGGACAAUUCGCCGUCUCAAUUAUUCGAUCCGGUGAUGUGUCGCACGCUGUCUGCGUAGACUUCGAGACUGAGGAUGGGACAGCGGAAGCAGGCUCUGAUUAUGAACCCUUGGCCGGGACAAUCAUCUUCCGUCCUGGGGAGACACAGCAACAGGUGUUCAUCACAGUCAUAGAUGACGACAUCUUCGAGGAAGACGAACAUUUCUACGUUCGUCUCAGCAAUCCGCGGUCCCUAGAACUGGCAACACCCUCCAUCGCGACUGUCAUGAUCUUGGACGACGACCAUAGUGGAGUUUUCGGAUUUCAAGAGCAGGCUGAGGAAGUACCUGAAUCUAUUGGUGAAUACCGGCUUAAGGUGGCGAGGUACAGUGGAGCUCGAGGUCGCGUUAUCAUACCAUUUAGAACGCUUGAAGGAAGUGCCAAGCCAGGGAAAGAUUACAAACACGUGGAAGGAAUAUUAGUCUUCGAAAACAACGAAAAUGGGAAAGAAAUUCCAAUCCAAAUUGUUGAUGAGGAGAGUUACGAGAGAGACGCAAUAUUUUACGUUGAACUCGGAGAUCCUAGGACGGAAGAAGAUUAUAUAAAAGAGCAAUCUGGCCAACUCUUAGACGAGCAGAGACCGAGCUCUGAGCUGACUGAAGCUGAGAAAGUAGCUCUUCUUGGCAAACCGAGGCUUGGCGACAACUAUAAGAUUCAACUACGCAUCAAAGAAAGCAAAGAGUUCAAAAACACUGUUGACAAGCUGUUUGAAAAGACUAAUGUUGCCAUGACAAUUGGUACGUCUUCAUGGAAAGAGCAAUUUCUAGAUGUCAUAACUGUCAGUGCUGGUGAUGACGAUGACGAUGAAGAAAAAAUGCCUUCGUGUUCCGACUAUGUGAUGCACUUCUUUACAAUAUUUUGGAAGGUGCUUUUUGCCUUUGUUCCACCAACCGAUUGCAUGGGUGGUUGGGCCUGUUUUAUAUCCAGCAUCGCUGUCAUCGGCGUUUUGACAGCUCUAGUUGGCGACUUAGCGUCGCAUUUUGGCUGCACCGUCGGACUCAAGGAUUCCGUGACGGCCAUAUCAUUAGUAGCUCUUGGAACAAGUGUACCAGAUACAUUCGCAAGCAAAGUAGCAGCUCAAAACGACAAAUAUGCCGACUCUUCCAUAGGUAACGUGACCGGCAGUAAUGCUGUGAAUGUCUUCCUUGGUAUUGGAAUUGCCUGGUCGAUAGCUGCCCUCUACCACGCUUCAAAAGGACAAACUUUCAGAAUCCAUCCGGGAAAUCUUGCAUUUUCUGUCACCCUCUUCUGCGUCUGUGCGUUUAUAUGCUGCACGGUGCUAAUGCUACGAAGAAGCGCAUUGGUGGGAGGGGAAUUGGGCGGGGCCAUGCGUUACAAGGCGCCCACAGUGGUGCUUUUUGUUGGACUGUGGGUCUUCUAUGUGUUCAUGUCCAGCCUGGAAGCAUACGAAGUCAUAAAGGGCUUCUAA